AUUCCGGUGUACCGAACAAUAAAAAAAAAUCUGACAGGGUUCCCAAUUUUUCUUUUUCUUUUUUUUUCUUAUUCAUCAUUAUGUCCACUGUUGUUGAAGGCAAAGAUACUGUCAGAUUUAUUGAAGAAGAACAAGUGAACGCUGCUGCUGCUGCUGAAACUGAAUCUACACCUACCGAGUCUACUGAAAAUGAUCAAUCGGCUGCCUUCAAUCCAGAAACAGGUGAAAUCAACUGGGAUUGUCCUUGUUUGGGUGGUAUGGCACAAGGCCCUUGUGGUGAACAAUUCAAGGCUGCUUUCAGUUGUUUUGUCUAUUCUGAAGCAGAACCUAAAGGCUUAGAUUGCGUAGAGAAAUUUAAGGAUAUGCAAGAUUGUUUCCGUCGUCACCCUGAUGUCUAUGGCGACGAAAUUGAUGAUGAUGAAGAAGAAGAAGAAACAGAGAUUGAACAAGAAGCUAAAGAAGCCAGUGCAGUGGUUGCUUUGUCUGCUAAUGAAGAAUCAUCCUUUUCUUCUUGGGUUUCAUCAUGGUUUUAGAACAUAUAGAACACCAUUAAACUCUUUUGUACAAUAAAUAUCCCCCCUCCCUUGUUCCUUUAUUAUUUCUCUUCUUCUAUAAAAUCUAAUAAAGCUUUAUAACAAAAACUAU